GAAAGGUUUAACCAAACCUCCGGUUCCGGUGUUGCAACAGAGGAAACAACAUGGCGCACAGCGGCGGGAUGAGCGUUGAUGGAGGAGGCGCGAUGCGUUACGCUGAACACGCACCGCAGACGAAGGACAGGGGCGACGCAGAGAUAGACAGACGACUGGGAGGAACUCUGAUAGCAGUUGGUCUUGGUGUGGCUGCUGCAGGAUUUGCAGGGCGCUAUGCAUUCCAGCUGUGGAAGCCUCUGGGCCAAAUCUUCUCUGACACUGUCAAGAAGAUGCCCACCUCAGCUUUCUCAUCGUAUUACAAAGGAGGUUUCGAGCAGAAGAUGUGCAAACGAGAGGCCAGCCUCAUUCUCGGCAUAAGCCCGAUCAGCACCAAGGCCAAGGUACGUGAGGCCCAUCGGAACAUCAUGGUCCUGAACCAUCCUGAUAAAGGUGGGUCACCGUAUCUCGCCGCAAAGAUCAAUGAGGCCAAAGACCUUUUGGACAAGGAGAUGCGGCGAUGACCUGCGCUGCUUAAAGGCUUUCAUCAUUUAGUUCUGUUGUACUCCUCCAUCAACACCAACACCUCACCUGGACCUCCACUCAGGCUCCGCAAGAUGAAAACAAAAAACAACUAUUAUGACAUUGUCUGUCUUCAGAUGGUCACAUAACUUAUCUUCAACGACCUUGACAAUUUGUAAAUGUGGCUGUCAAAUGUUGUAUCGUUGCCCUCUAGUGGUAACUGAUGUACAUCUAUGAUAGAUAACUGCUCAUGUAACAGAGUGCACUUACUAAAUAUGAGUAUGUAAUGUGUUAUAUAAAGAUGAUCUGUUUAAUUAGAAUAAUAAAUUUGAAUGUUUGUUGCUGAA